ACGAACGUCGUCUGCCGACAUUCGCAAACGUUCAGGGCAACGGUCAGGCGAACACUCAUUGCUAGCUAGUUUCUACAAACUUGAUCCAGAAGUCAGUUCUGUUGACUUAAAACUUCAUAUUACUGCUAGCAGGCUGAAUGCGGUCUAACUGCAAUUUCUUUUUUGAGGAACCUAGUCAGUUUACACGUUAGAUAAAAGCGCAUAAGUCUCGGUCCUGAAUGUCUAAACUACCAGGAAAUGCAGGUGUCUCGUUGCUUGGUGACAAGACCUUGGACUUCUACCGGGAUCCGGUGAUCUUCUGCCGACAGAGAAUUGAAAGACACAGCAGCAGAGUGUUCCAAGGCCGCCUGAUGAACAAACCGACCGUCUUUAUCUGCUCUGUCGAGGGGGCGCGAGAGCUGCUCUGUGAAAAGUCUAACAUAUUUCUGAAGGACCCAACUGAUUUUAUGACAAACAUAUAUGGAGACACUGUUGUCACCAUGAAUGGUGAGGAGGCCUGCCUCCUCCGUCUGUCUCUCAACCACUUGUUUACAGGAACAUGCCUGGAAUCCUCAACUAACUACCUGUCCAGUGUAUGUGACCACUGCUUAAAGAACCUCUCAAUCAGUGGGGAACCACAGUGUGUUUAUUCAAUCUUUAAACGUCUGGGUUCGGAGAUGGUGUUGGGUCUUUUCCUGAACGUACGAGCUGAGGAUCAGCCUGAGGUUUUCCAGGAAAUCAUGGAGCUCUGCACAGAACACUGGCACGGUUUCAUCUCAGUUCCAGUAAAUGUGAAGGUACCUUUGUGGACAUCGGGUUUCGCCAAAGCUAUGGAUGCCAGAAGCAAACUGAUGGAGAUCAUCAAAGACAAAUUAGAGAAUGAUACACAGGGUUUUGUCGGCGCUUUGGGUUCCGUGCCAUUUCCCAACUCUGGUUCUGCUGCUCAACAUCUCCUUCUGUUCAUCUCAGCACUCAUUCCCAAAGCUCUGGCAUCGCUGCUCACCUCUUUCACUCUGGCUCUUGGAGGACCUGAACAGAGGGAAAGUCGUAAAGAAGCCAUCCGUAAUCCUGAUCACCUUCACAGAGUUCUAUUGGAGGUGCAGAGACUGUGGCCGCCCUUCAUUGGUGGACUCAGAAUAGCUGAAAAGGAAUCCACCCUGGCAGACUUCUGUGUUCCUAAAGAUUAUGGCGCAAUGUAUGUCAGCUACUUCAUCCAUCGUGACCCAAAGGUGUUCCAGCAGCCUGAUAGCUUCCUGCCAGAAAGAUGGAGUGGGAGGAAUGCAGGCCAGGAGCAUUUGCUUUGUUCUUUUGGCAAUGGGCCCAGAAACUGCAUUGGUUCGACCCUUACUGAGAUCUUUAUUAAGGAAGCUUGCAGAUACCUGCUAAAGAACUACGACUGGCAUUUGGAUCCUCUGUCGCAGGACCUUCAGUACAAAUGGCUGCCUGUGUCCCGCCCCGCCAACCUUCCCAGUGUGUCCUUCACUCGAUUGGAUCAAACAGUAUCAGAAUGAGAUUACGCCGGGGACACGUAGCCUCCGGCUGUGUUUUAUUGGACAAACAUGUGUGCCUUGCAUGCAGGGGGGAAUGUCUGGAGAUGUAAAGGAGGGAUGCCGGCAAACUGCGAGGCUUUCCCCCUCCUGUGCAUAACCCUGUAAUCGUGCCAGGGAAAGCCAAGGGGGGCGCUGGUUGUGCUUUAUCUGUUCCUUUGCCAGAUAUUCUGCAGCGUUCCUUGAUUGCUCUGCAAGAGAAGGCAGGACAGAUGAGUCAUUCUUCUAUUGUGGAGCCUGAAACAGACUCAGAAAUGUUAUAUAUUUUUUAAAAUAUGAAUUCAUUCACAUGCAAGUCUUGUUUUUAAAACUGCAAUCUGUCUCUAUUGCAGUUCAGUUUGGGAUAAAUAAGCCUUGGUGUUUCUGAGUGGAGGUGUGUGUGCGUGUCUGAAGCAGAAACUCUGUAGCAUUAGUAUUCAUGUCGCUUCAUUCCAGAGGAUCGCACGUCAUGUGCUCACACGGGAACAUGGGUAAACCCUCAGAUUCCAUCACUGUCUGCAAACCUGAACCCACUUCUUACACCUCCACCCCACCUAGCAACAACCACUGCUUAGCAACAGUUCGUCAUACAGAUCCUGUCUUGCCUCCUUUUAGUAUGCAUGUCUCACACAAAUACACACAUGCACACUAUUCUUGCUUAUAUUUUGAAUUAUCACAUCUUGCAGGAAAAAAUAAAAGCACUUAAUUGCUUCAGAUCAAACUAAAUUAAAUAACAGAAAACCUUAAUAGAAAAUGUAGCUCUUUAAUAGUUAUUUUAUUUAUCAAAUGGAAAAAAAAGCUAUCUGAACUACCUCAACUCUAGAGGGAGAAAAUGUAUCCCCUAAUACUUGGCUGUACAACACUUAACAAAAAUGGAUGCGUUUUUACAUUGCUUUGAAGAGAUAUUGGCCCUUUCUUUUAUGCACAAUUGUUUUAUUUCAGCCAUAUUUAAAGAUUUCUGAGCUUCAGCAAACCACUUGUUUCACAUCAUCUUAUUUAGAUUUGUCUUCAAUCAAUCAGACUCUCUUGUCUUCUGUGAGUCUAGACUUAAGGCAGUCCAGUGAUAAACAAAACUUUGGUUUUGAGUUUUUUCUGGUAGAGAGCAGAAUUCCUGUUUCCAUUAUGAUUUUCACAGGCAUUCACGACAAUAUGUGACCACAACUCCCUUUGAUUUGCAGAAAUAUGCAAUUGUAAUAUUCCACAUAUUGUGGAAAAUAUGCAACCACAUAUUUUCCACAAUAUGUCAGAAAAGCAUGCAGGUUUUCAUGGACUGGCCUAAGUAAGAAGUACAAUCUAAAAAAAUACUUAUUACCAUAACUUUUUAAGCUAGUGCAUGACACUUUAUUUUACAAUGAAGAGCUGUAAAAUAACGCUAUGUUUUCGUGGACCUCUGUAGGCGGCGUGAUCCCUUAUCAAUCUCAGGAACAUUUUAUUUGUCACGAUCCACCACACAAAAGACCCCCUGUUCUCUCUGCAACCCCCGUCGCCCCACACACACAAACAAUUGUAAAGACUGUAUCCAUGCCUGCCCUGCUCGCAUCUAUGAGUUGUCAGAGUUUCUCUGUUUCUCGUGUGCACACACUCGCCGACAUACAUCACAUAGAAUCUGGCAGAAAAUGGGGUUCUUGUGAGCGAGGCUGGUAUGACUCAUUGUUCCUCCUGCACUUGGCUGUCAGCUAAAGCUUCUGUUAGCAACUGUUUGGGACAGGCAAAAUGACUCAUGGCGAAUCUUGUGCAUAGGAGCACAUGGCUCUGUUUUAUUUGGUUAUAUCCUGUUUUUAAAAUUUUUCUUUUUGCUUUCUGUAGAGCAGGAAUAAGAAGAAUCUGUACUCAGUAAUGGGUGCAAAUCAUUUUUAUUAUUCUUGAGCCUUUUCACAUAAUUGCAUAGGAAUUUAGUUGACGUGGAAUGUGCAUGCCAGACCACCUCUUCACAUAUUCAGCUGCAUUUCUAAAUAAGUUGCCUGUGUGGUCUUAACAAUAUUCUUGUGAAUUUGGCAUCGAGUGCAUUUUAGGAAUGUGAUGAGCAGAUGUGUGUGCAGACUACAAUGCAGUGCAACUCACUGAGAAGUAGGCUAAAGCUUUAGCAUUCGUUAUGUAGAUAGGGAUUCUGUAAUACAAUGCACUGUGUGCGUCAUUCGUAUGUACGUAGUGUGUAGGAGGUUACAGCAGGAAAACAUGCAUUAGACUAAUGUAGAGAGGUAAAAACUAAGGGCUCAUUGUUUUUCAGCAGCAUUAUUAUUUAUAAAAUCCCAGAUUUCUAAUUGAAUAUUUGAAAAGAAGCGGAAAAAAUAAAGAGAUUAAUGCACCAGGGGACAUUUUAUGUCCUUUAUCUUUAAGAAAAACAAGAGUUUGUCAGUCAGUUCCGCACACAGGAGGACGAACACUGGAUCCAGAUGGCAGAACAAAGUCUGAGGUCGGGUUUAAUGAGCAAAGUUAAUUACCACAUGACCUCUCUGUCGGUCCACUCAUAGUGGACUGAUGGGCCGUUAUGGUGUGUACAACACAAGUGAAGGAAGUGCAUUCUACCCCCUGCAAGUGUGACACAUGUUUGGACAAAAAAACAACAGGUUUACCUGUUCAGCUAACAAAUUCCAACAUGCAUUCAAGGUAAGCGAGGCCCUCAAAACAGACGGAGUAUUCACAACAGGAGGUGCAUUAGAAGAUGCACCUUCACGAUGCAUAUUUCUCCACAGUAACAGGUGCAGAAAUAUUAUCAGUCUUUCCGAAGGCAAACUUGCAUCAUAUUUUCAAGCCAUUAUGAAAAUAUGACUUGAAACUGAUGAUAGUUGAUGUUUAUCAAUAACUGGAGAAAUUUACUGUCUGUAAAAAUGUGUUACUGUGGAAGGCAUAGUUUAAAAUAAAGAUAAACAUGAGAAUGACUUUUUUUAAAAAUCACAGAUAUUGCUGGAAAAGAAAUUAAAAACUGUUCAAAACCUGCACAUAUUGCAGGUUAUUAAAAAUAUGAACCAGUUCCUUUUAAAUUUUAGCAAAAGGUAUGAAGUGCCAUUAUGUGGGAUCACAAGUUGCAGACCUCUGAUCUGCCUAAAAAAAGAAGACAAAAUGCUUCAAAUAAGCACAAUAUGUUUUGAUCAAUUCAAUAAAUUAAACAGAUUUCGAAAAGA